ACAGAGCGGCGGUGGCAGCGCGCCUGCGCAGUGCAUCCAGGGGCUCGGCGGCGUUCGGUGCUGAAGUGGGGCGGAUGGCAGAAAAACAGCGGCGAUGGACUUUACACCGCGGGAUUCCAAUUUACGAUGUCUUUAAAUAAGCAUCGGGACGUCGCUUUUUCACACCUAUCAUCCUAGGACACUGACAGCCCACCGCAAAGGGAUGCUGCACUUUGAAUGCUCCCUACACCCUCAAGUCCAUAAAUGACCCUUUCACAGAGUUCUGAGGAAGCUUAGGAGGUGUUGGUGAGAGAAGCAGAAGUAGCGAGUGAAGUAAGGAAACGAGGGGAGGAAGUGGUCGCAUUUCAUCUCAGCUCUCGUGUCCCUUUCUGUGCCAGUUGGUCAGGGAUGGUGAUACCAGUAACCUCUCUGCCCUGUGGUGAAAAGAACCUCCUCGCCUUGCCCCAAAUCUCCUGCAAGUCAGAAAGACGCUCAGACAGUCCCCCAGUCAGUCACUUCGUCAACCAGCCUGCUAGCAUCCAGCAACCUAUUACCUCAUGCCAUGACUGCUCUGUCUGACCUGUGUUUAGGAACUCACUAAUUCAUGCCCCGGAGUGUGAGUGGAGUGGAGAUGAGAAAAAGGCAGGCGGCUCAUAUUGAGGCCCCACCCCAGGCCCCUGGACAGCCCCGACCCAACACCUGCUGCCUCUGCUGGUGUGGCUGCUGCAAGUGUCUCUGGAAUGAAGACAGAAUGGAGAGGAGUGAACGGCAGACCUGCACCAAGAUGGACAGUAUUGAAGCUACUGAAGAACAACGCCCUAGCCUAGAGGAGGUGUUGUCGUGGGCACGGAGCUUUGAAAUGAUGCUGCGCUCGCUGGAGGGCCGGGAGGUUUUCAGGCAGUUCCUGCGUUCUGAGUACAGCGAGGACAACCUGCUUUUCUGGUUGGCCUGUGAAGAGCUGAAAAAGGAGACGGAUCCCACAGCGGUUGAUGAGAAGGCCAGGAUCAUAUAUGAAGAUUAUGUGUCCAUAUUAUCACCCAAAGAGGUGAGUCUGGACUCACGGGUCAGAGAAGGAAUAAACCAGAGCCUGGCGGAGCCGAGCAACCUGAUGUACGAGGAGGCCCAACUCCAGAUCUACACCCUGAUGCACCGGGACUCCUUCCCCCGUUUCCUCAACUCCUCUGUUUACAGAGACCUCCUGGCCAGCAGGAGGCGCACCUGCCUCGACACCUAGUCUCCUCCAGCCUCCAUCAUCGCCAUCAAAUGCCAACAAGACUACUACUUAAACUUCAAAUACUACUAUGGUGCCAGAAGUCGGGUUUGGAAAAACCUCUCCCUCUUUUUUGGUUGAAAUGGCCGAGUGACAUCCAAGAUAGCUGGUUGUUAGUUUUUUUUAUUUAUAUUUUUUAAGCAAUUUAUAUCCAGUUCUCCGCUGGAGGUGGGUCAGCCUUUGCUGGUGGUUAUUGGUCAGUUUUAGACCAUUAAUGCUGGCCAGUGAUUGUUUUGCUAGCAAUUUGUGCUUUUCGUUAUGGUUGACUGGCCAACCCACGUAUCAGCUAUCAGUUGAGAUGGCCAACCUAGUGACCCGCUGUUGGUUAACUGUGGACAAAGACUCCUUAGGAGGUGGGAACAGAGUGCGAGAGAGAGAGACAAAAAGGACAAGCCCACUGUUCCUGUACUGUAAUAUUUUAGACCUCAUGCUUUUUACCCUUACUUAGUGAUAUUCUCUGUCUUUACUCAUUAUUUUUAACAACUUUUUAGUUUUUUCAAGUCUGUCCCAUUCCUCAGAUGUCUUUCAUUUAAUUUUGCUCUUCAUUCCUUCACUGUCCAAACAUGACAUCUAUCUGUCGGUGGGAUUUAGGGCAUUUCUUGCCCUUUUAACCAGUAGACACACUGGCUCUGCAUGCAACUCUCUCUCACUAUGAUCGCUUGAUGAUAUAAGCCGCGGACUGCAACUGUUUUUGAAUAUUAAGAGGUAUUUAAGGGGGGCGGGGAGGACUGUAUCUCUGUUUGGCUGUCUGUGUCCAGUGAUGGGAAAAAGUAAACUUCUGACAUCUUUAGGCUUACUGCAGUAUUUUUAUUGAGGAGAUUUGAAGGUGUCUGCAGCACGUGCAGCACCUACCAUUUAUCCACCUGUCCAUCCAAUCCAUCCGUCCAUCCAAGCACUUUCCUUCUUUAGGAUUCGUUAACUGGGAGAAGGGCUAGAAUUGUGGUUGGGCAGCUACAUCUAUUAUUAUUACUCAUGAACUUUAGACAAAAAAAUCUCUCCACUGAGAAAAUCACAAUGCCUUUACAUGCAGGAAAAGGCAGCACAAGUGCUGCUGCAGGUUUUCUGGAAAGCAACCACAGUUUGUCCACCAAUCCCUACCUCCCCUUUUUUUUUU